AAGGGUAUCGAUUGUAACAUGCGUAGACGUUUCAAGGGUCAAGCUCCUAUGCCCAAGAUCGGUUACGGUUCCGCCAAGAAGACUCGUAACUUGUUGCCCAACGGUUUCCGCAAGUUCGUUGUCUCCAACGUCCGUGAACUCAACUUGUUGUUGAUGCACAACCGUACUUACGCUGCCGAAAUUGCCCACAACGUUUCUUCCAAGAAGCGUGUUGCUCUUUUGGAACGUGCUGCUCAAUUGAACGUCAAGGUCGUCAAUGCUGGUGCUCGUCUUAGAUCUCAAGAAUAAUUUGAGUAAUUUUUUUUUCUUACUUUGAUAUAUAUAUAUAUAUAAAAAGAUGUAGCAUUGGAUUACCCUUUC